AGGACUGCUUGGCCGCCCCGGGCCGUGCGCUUUGCGGUGCCCGCACUCUGGUGUUUGUUUUUUAAACGCUUCUGCAUCCUCAGGGCUUUAAAUUUGGAGUGUGACUAAAACUGGUUUUGAAAGCAAGAUGACUACAGCUGCAGAGAGAAAGUAUAUUAACAUUAGGAAGAGGUUAGACCAGCUGGGCUACCGCCAGACCCUGUCAGUGGACAGCCUGCCCUUGGUAGAAAAGCUUUUCAGUGAUUUAGUUCAUACGACCGAAAGCCUGCGGCAGUGCAGGCUAUCCUCGGUAAAGGCAGAAAAGGAAAGUGCCAAUUUCGACUUUGUUUUGGAACCUUACAAACUUGAAAAUACAAGGCUGAAUAAGGAGAAUAAUGAAUUGUAUCUGGAGUUAAUGAAGCUCAGAGAACACUCAGACAAGCACAUUAAAGACUUGAAAAUCACAUUGAAGAAGUGUGCGCGUGAGACGGCUGAUCUGAAGUUUCUGAAUAACCAGUAUGUUCACAAGGUCCGACUCCUGGAGAAAGACAGCAAGGCUAAGGAUGAGAAAAUCCAACAGCUUCAAGAGAAGAAUCUGCGUGCUGUAGUACAGACUCCUGGUGGCAAAAAAAGAAACAUUGCAUUUAGGCGCCAGCGGAUGCAAAUCGAUGAACCAGCCCCACCGUCGGAAGUCAGCUCAUACCCAGUUCCUCAACCAGAAGACCCGUACAUUGCAGACCUCCUGCAGGUGGCUGACAACAGGAUUCAGGAGCUGCAGGAGGAAGUCCGCCAGCUGCAAGAGAAGCUGGCAGAGAUGGAGAAAGGCGUGCAAGACUACAGCAGGCAGAUUGAACUAAGAGAACGAGAAAUAGAACGACUGUCGCUUGCUUUGGAUGGCGGUCGUUCCCCGGAUGUCCUGUCUCUGGAGACUAGAAAUAAAACCAAUGAAAAGCUCAUUGCUCACUUAAAUGUUCAGGUUGACUUCCUGCAGCAAGCUAACAAAGAACUGGAGAAGCAUAUCCAAGAGCUCGUGGCAACCAAGGAGACCGUGACAACUGAAGUUGUGAACCUCAGCAGCAGAAACGAGAAGCUCUGCCAGGAGCUAACCGAGAUCGACCAGUUAGCCCAGCAGCUGGAAAGGCACAAGGAGCAAGUGCUGGAGACAGCAGACAAGGAGCUCGGGGAGGCGAAGAAAGAGAUUAAAAGAAACCUCAGUGAAAUGCGGAACCUUGAGGAAAAAAUGUCAAAACUGCAAUGGGAGUUAGACGUCAGCCAUCAGGAGAAGGAGAGACUGAACAGUGAACUACUUUUAAAGUCAGACCUGGAGACUGUUGUUCAUCAACUUGAACAAGAAAAGCAAAGACUUAACAAGAAGCUGCAAAGUUUUGCCAUCACAGAAAGAGAACUGACUUUGGAGCUUGAGAGGAUGAGGCUAGAACAUGGGAUAAAACGUCGAGACAAGUCACCCUCUCGUCUAGACACAUUUCUGAAAGGCAUAGAGGAAGAGCGCGAUUAUUACAAGAAAGAGCUGGAGAAACUGCAGCAUCUCAUCCAGCGAAGAUCCUGUUCUGUUAAUUACUGUCCUCGGGAAAAAUCUCCUGUAGUCAAAUGCUCAGAAAGGGGUGACUACAAUUCAGACAUUCACCUGAUCACAAGAGAAAGAGAUGAGCUUCAGCGCAUGCUAGAACGAUUCGAGAAAUACAUGGAGGAUAUACAGGCCAAUGUGAAACUGCUGACGGCAGAGAGGGACAAACUCAGUGUCCUGUAUAAGGAAGCAAAGGAAGAGUUAUCUGCACUAAGACAGGAGUCCACUAAUUCGACAGUCCCCAACCAUGUUGUUAGUUGUAUAGAAAAGGAGAAAGAACGCACAUUAUCUGACUUAAGAAGAAUUACAGCAGAAAAGGAAGCUCUGAGAGAAAAGUUGAAAAAUAUCCAAGAAAGGAAUGCUGUUGGAAAAUCAGAGUUAGAGAAGACUAUUGAACAUUUGACGUACAUUAAUCACCAGCUUGAAAAUGAAAAAUACGAGUUGCAAUCUAAAAUGUUAAUAAUGAAAGAAACAAUGGAGUCAUUAGAGAACAAAUCAAAACUCCAAGCUCAAAAACUUAGCCAUGUGACUGGUGACUCCUCUCAUCAGAAAACAGAGAUGAACUCACUUAGGAUGGUAAGUGAACAGCUACAGCGGUCACUCGAUGACUGUCAGCACCGGCUUGCUGUAAAAAGAGGGGAACUUGAGUCAGCCCAAGAACAAAUUAAAAUGCUGGAGCAAAAACUAGAGAAUCUCAACCACAGGAUGACGGUGCAGAAUGAAGAAACUCACGCAAUGAAGAAGACCAUCGGAGUGAUCGACAAAGAAAAGGACUUUCUCCAAGAGACUGUGGAUGAGAAGACGGAAAAGAUCGCCAACCUGCAGGAAAGCCUCCUUAGUAAAGAAAAAGUUAUUGCCCAGUUGAAGGUCACAGUCUCAGAGUGUGAAAAGUCACUUAACCAGCUAAAAGAAACUUUGACUAACCGAGACCGCGAGGUAGCCAGCCUCCGGCGCCAGCUCGAUGCAGCUCACAAGGAGCUCGAAGAUGUUGGGAAAUCGAGAGAGAUCUCUUUUAAGGAAAACAGAAGGUUACAAGAUGACCUGGCCACGAUGGCAAGAGAAAACCAGGAGAUCUCACUGGAGCUGGAAGCCUCUGUGCAAGAGAAAGAGGAGAUGAAGAGCAGAGUCCACAAGUACAUCACUGAGGUGUCGCGGUGGGAGAGCCUCAUGGCCGCCAAGGAAAAAGAAAACAAAGACUUACUAGAUAGAUUCCAGAUGCUUCACAACCGCGCUGAGGACUGGGAGGUCAAGGCUCAGCAAGCGGAAGGGGAGAAUAGCUCCGUCCGCCUGGAGCUGCUGUCCAUCGACACCGAGCGGAGGCACCUGCGGGAACGCGUGGAGCUCCUGGAGAAGGAGAUCCAGGAGCACAUAAAUGCACAUCACGCUUAUGAGUCUCAGAUCUCAUCAAUGGCAAAGGCCAUGUCUCAGUUAGAAGAGGAGCUACGGCGUCACGAGAGCGAGAAAGCCACUGUGUUAGGUGACGUGUCGUCUCUCCGAGAACUGUGCAUUAAGCUCGACUCGGGCAAAGACAUCAUGACCCAGCAGCUGAGCUCCAAAAGCCUUGAGCUGGAGAGGGCAGCAGCAGAAUUAGAGAAUGUAAAAUCGGAAUCGGAACUGCUAAAAAAGCAGCUGAUGAGUGAGAGACAGACAAUUAAAAACCUCGAGUCGCUGUUAGCUACCAACAGAGAUAAAGAAUUCCAGUCCCAUUUAACCUCCCAUGAGAAGGACACAGAAAUCCAGCUACUGAAGGAGAAGCUAAACCUCUCAGAAAGCAAACUAACUACCCAAAGCCGAGAAACCUCCAUGCUUCGAACUAAAGUGGCACAGUUGCAGACAGAUUAUGAUAAUCUGAAAAGACAGAUGUCAAAUGAGAAAUAUGAACGAGAGCGAGCAAUCCAAGAGAUGCGCCGACUUGGUCUCCCUACGUCACCUCUGAGUUCUACUCUGAAGUCUCCUGUACAGUCUCCUGAACAAAUAAAUACAUAGUUACCAGAAAGAUUGUGGUUUUCAGUGAGUUUCUACAUGAAUUUUUAUAAGAACACAAGAGCAAUGAAACAUUUGAAGUACUUGUUCCUGUGAAUCAUGAACAUUGACACAAAUCCUACCUCUGUCAACCUUUAUUUAAAUCAGUGGAUAUUUAUGUAAAAAUGUGUAGUUUUAAAGGAGCCUUAUAUGUAUAUUUUCAUAUGUGAAAAAACAAAAUAUGUAUUAAUAGCUUAACUGAUGUGAUAUGUGAAUUUUUAUUAUUCCCAACUAAAAUUACUCCUUAAAAUGUGCUUAUACUGUGAAUUAAUUAAUUAAUUAAUUGAUUUAACAUGCUCAUAUCAUGCUCUAAUAAUCAGUGCCUUAUAUAUACGCAUGUAAAUAUCCUUGCACUAUUUCGGUGUGCUUGGUUUUCAUGCCUGUGUUUAUAGCCCAUAGCAUUCAGAGAAUGAUCCAUUUGAUGUUCUCUAAAGUGUGACAUCAGUCCACGUGUGCUGACCAUCAUACAGGAAGUCGAUUUAAAUCUACUCUAAUAGCAGAACUCACUGUUUGUUUGUUUUUAAGUAAAAAAAGAGUGUGUGUGAGCUUAUGGUUCUAGGACUCCAUCAGGGAAGGCAGCAGCAAGCACAUCACGCAAAGCCGAGAGUGAACAGGAAGUAAGGGGAAGCUGUGUACUCUGAAAGCCCUUCCCCCAGGGACAUACUGCUCCAUCUGUACCUCUUAAACCUCACCAAACAGCACCCCUCACAACUGGGGCCAAGGGUUCAAGUAUCUGAGCCCGUGGGAUACAUUUCUCAUUCAGACUGUUUAUAAAACCAAGAAUUCAACUGAUACCAUUUUUCUUUUUCCUGAGGUAGUUUUGCUAUUUCUGAAAGUUCAGACCUACUGGAGAUCAAUAAACUCAGCUACCUGUUUGGAAAUUACUUAUAUUCUCAUCAACUUUGAAAAAUCUUUUCCUGGAUAUAGAGGAGGUGUGCCCAGUGACCUCAUUACAUAUCUCUAGAUAAGUAGUUACCACCAUGUGUAAUUAGUGCCAGCAGGAGGGACGGCAGUGGGAGGUGUUUGUCUCUGUGGGCCUUAUUUGGGCUGUCCUGUAGCUUUCCACAUGAUGCUUUUAUUUUUAUUUUUUAUUUUUUAGAAUUAAGCUAAAAUAUAUUCAGGGUUUUGUAAAAAAACAAUCAAAUGAAAAAUUGGGGCUUUUUUUUCACUAAUUAAAUUCUUCAGUGUACUAGUCUAAAAUUUCAGAGUAUGAAAGUAUAUAAGCUAAGUGUAGAAAAGUGUUUUUGUUAAAAGUCCAGUAUGCAUCUGACCACACCUGUUUGUGGCCUCGAAUCCUGUAUAACUUCCCAGCCUUUCCGAGUAAUAUGUGAACACCAUCUUGGUGGCAUACAAAUUGAGAACAGCUCUGUACAAUUUCACUUUCAAGGUUUAACUCCCAAGAACUUAGGUAUGUGCCAACCCUCAAGAAAAGAGUAAAGCACAAAAUGAAAUGUCAGAUACAAAUACGAGUCAUGUGCCAACUGUUCACGUUUGAAGAAAACCCUUUUAAAACUAGAUUUCAUCAUGAUUGAGAAAGAACUUAAAAGUCAGCCCAGGCAGGCGAGUCAGCUGUGAGCAACACGCUCUGUUUCCUCCUGGCGUUUCCUCCUGGCGUCAUAAACUUCAUAAACUUGCUCUGUGUGAGCGGCCCUGAAGGUGGGUAGACCUCCGUGUAACUAGUGCGCCUUGUAAGCUCAGGAUGUUCCCCUUGCAAUUAAUUUGCUGCAUAUUUGAAUAUAGGACGACUUUAUAAUGUAUUCAUUCUAUCUCCUUUAAGUAAAUUCAUGUAUUAUAGCAAAAUACGAAGAAAAAGAAAUGACCAUGUACAAUGUCAUUUGGAAAGUCUUGUAACAAAUACAUGUGAUAAAAUUUGUCCCCACCUUUUCUCCCAAAAGCAACAGCAAGACGCACUGUCUUAAAUGUUCAUUUUUUAAUGUUUUCUGUACUUACCAGUCGGUUGCCUUCAAACUUGUUAUUUUAUAGCCAUCAUACUACAGUUUUUUUAAGUGCUUAUCAUUUAAAAAGUGAAUGUUCUUUUUAUAGAUGUUUUUACUUUCGUUUUAAAUAAUUUUAAAUCAUGGAGCUCGAUUAUAGAUUUGCCAAUAAACAUACCAGUCAAUUUA